AUGUCUAAUGACGAUAUAAUACUACCAUCAGCAUCUUCAUUAGCUAAACUAACAAUCAAUGAUAUAUCCAAAUCAGGAUUUGGUUAUAAUCCAUCAGUUGGACCAGCAUCAAAUACAAUCACAUUUGAAUCAUCCCUGGUUUUACUUAAUAAACGAACAAUUUCAUUAACUCCAACAUCAAAUAAUUCAAUUUUAGAUAGGAAUAUAAUCUCGAAAAAACCACAUGAAAUUAAUUUAUCAAGUUUAUCAUUUUUAUUUUGUGAGAUUAUUAAUUGGACACAUUCUAAUUCAAAAGGAAUUCAAGAUUUAGAAAAUAGAUUAAAUGGUUUAGGUUAUACUAUUGGACAAAAAUAUUUGGAAUUAUGUAAAAUUAGAGAAGGUUUUAAAAAUACUCAUCGAGAGAUUAAAUUAAUUGAAAUGUUACAAUUUAUUCAUGGACCAUUUUGGAAAUUAAUAUUUGGUAAAUCAGCUAAUGAAUUAGAAAAAUCUCAAGAUACUGCAAAUGAAUAUAUGAUUGUGGAGAAUUUACCAAUGUUGAAUAGAUUUAUAAGUAUACCUAAAGAAUAUGGAGAUUUAAAUUGUUCUGCAUUUGUGGCGGGAAUAAUUGAAGGUGCACUUGAUAAUAGUGGAUUUAAUGUUAAUGUAACAGCUCAUACUGCAGCCACAGAUGCCAAUCCUUUAAGAACAGUAUUUUUAAUUAAAUUUGAUGAUUCAGUAUUAACUAGAGAAGCAACAAGGUUUAGUUGA